AUGGCGCUACUUGACUGCUCUGUGUCAUCACCAGUAAUAAUCGAUCUUUCACGUCACCAAUUCCCUCUUCAUGCCUAUUCAGGCACUCUUAGAGAGUCCGGAAUGCGAGCGAUGGUGCAUGCAAGCUAG